UGUUGUAAAAAUACAAGGAUGCAUUAAUAAUUUAUGAUUAAGCGAUUUAUAUGAAAAAAAAUCCUAUUAGAUUAAAGCUCAAGGGUAUUCUUUACUAUGUAUAAUAAAGCUGACACAUUAUUAGUUUUGGGAAGAAAGGAAGAAGCAAAAUAAUAUUAUUAUGAAGCUUUAAGAAUAGGAAAUCUCUCAUUUGAUUAGAAAUAAAUUCUUUUGUAAUUAGAAAAUAUAUGA